AUGGACAUUGUUGCGAAGAACGAGUCCAUCUGGUCCAGAGUCAGGACAUUCUUCCUUGGUGCUGCGGCCAGCACGAAAGAAGAGAGGAGGCUGGUCAGGAAGCUUGACUUCUUCAUCAUGGUCUACUGCUGCCUCAGUUACUUUUUCAACUUUCUCGAUCGCGCAGCAUUCGCCAAUGCCUACGUUGCAGGCCUCCGUGAAGAUUUGAACAUGACUGGUGGAGAUUACAGCAACGCCCUUGCAGUCACGACUGCCGGUAUGGCCAUUGGUCAACUCCCUCACGGUAUUGUCAUUCAAAAAGUUGCCCCAAGGAUUUGGUUCCCAUCCAUGGUUGUCAUUUGGGCCGGAUUGACCAUGGCGAGCGCGGCUGCCAAGACUGUGACACAAUUAUGUGUCAUUCGCUUCUUUUUGGGCUUGGCUGAAGCUAGCACCUACGCUGGCGCGAUCUACAUCAUCAGCUCAUGGUAUAAGCCCGAUGAAAUCUCCAAACGCACGGCACUCUUCACUGCAUCCGGCCAAGUCGGAACCAUGUUUGCUGGUGUCAUGAUGGCCGCCAUCCACAAGGGCAUGAACGGCAUGAGCGGGCUGCAAGGCUGGCAAUGGGUUUUCCUUAUUGAUGGCAUCAUCACGCUCCCCAUCGCGGUUUUCGGGUUCCUCUAUUUUCCUGAUACACCAGAUCGUACCCAGGCCAAGUAUCUCUCCGCUGAUGAGAAAAAGCUGGCACGUUCUCGACUUCCUCCCAUUUGUGAAGAUGGACAUAACAUCAUGCCACUCUCCCUUGUCAAGCGAGUCUUGAUGGCACCUAUCUUUUGGGUUCUUUUCUUCUGGUCCCCAGUCUGCGCCGCCAUUGAAGCCUUCCCCUUCCAGAACAACUUUCUUCUCUGGCUCAAGUAUCAUUCCAACCAUUUCACUCAGACCCAGAUCAAUACCUAUCCUCUCGGUGUCCAGGCCGUCGGCAUUGUAGCAAAUAUGCUCGCAGCUUGGCAUAUGGACGCCACUGGCCAACGGAUCCCGGCGGCCAUUGCAGCCAUCCUCCUCCAAGUUGUGGUUGGGUCCAUGCUUCUCGUCCGUGAUAUUCCUUUCGCAGGGACAUUCUUCGCAUUCUAUCUCAGUGGGACAGCGUAUGCUGUGAACCCUUUGAUCUUCGGAUGGGCAGGCCUCAUUCUGCAGCGUAGUGGUGAUGAUGCUGUGCGGAGCGUCACCCUAUACUCCAUGAACAUUGGUUCAAUGGUGCUGUGGACAUUCUGGGGCAUCCUCUUCUACUCGGGAGCUGACACACCAUACUGGAAAAAGGGCUGCAUUGUUCUCCUCGUUUGCUGUUUCGUCAUGUUCUGUUACAUGUGGCUGGUGUACAAGGUCGACAAGCACACUGCAAAGAAAUAUCGCGACCGCAUGCCUGGAGCCAUUGAUCCAGAAGCCAAGCUUUCAGAGCCCGUUGAGCUAGCAGAGCAAGAGGUGCCUACUGUUGCGGGAAAGGAUGACAAGAUCAUCGCCCAGAAGGCAGUACAUAGCACGCAAUAA